CCAGAGGUGUUUUGUAGGUUGUCAUGGUUCGUCGCUUCACUGCAGACUCCCUGUAGUGUCUGCUGCCAGUGUAGAAGAUGACUGGCCCCCAGCUCCUGGCUUCUUUCUGGACUCUCUGGUCUGUCACCCUCAUUGGUUUUGUGCACAGUGACAUCCAGUUCCUGGAGAGACAUGAAGGAGAAUCUGUAGUUCUGCCUUGUGUCGUUGAACAAACCAACCCUGCUCCUUUUGCUGUUGCCCUGGAACGCAGCUGGCUUCAGAACACGAAGGUCAUGUUCAUGCACACCCAGGAGGACUUCAGCACGGACAGUGAUGAUGACCAGAGGCGCUUCAGUGUCAGUGGAGACCCCAGCGUCAGGGAGGUGAACGUGACCCUGUCUGAGCUGAAGGUCACAGACACAGACAGAUACUACUGUACGUUUUACAUCUACAACCCGACCUCCACUGACCUACGUAUCCGUGGAACCACAGAGUUCUUCCUCCUGGUUACUGCUGACGCUCCCGGGUCACUGGACAUGGGGCUGGUGGAGACAUGUGUCGGGGGAUCGGCUGUUCUCCCCUGUCUGCCUGUGAACCACGAGGGCCUGGCAGUGGAGGGGGUCAGUCUGAAACGGCAGCAGGGCCAGGCUCCUGUGGAGAUGUUGUACCACUCACAGCAUCAGCACGGCAGCACUUCAUCUUUGUCCUCCACUUGGCUUCCGCCCGACAGGGUCCAGCUGUCCACGGAGCCUGGCCCCAGAGGCAUCGCCUACAGCCUCACGCUGCAGCAGCUGCAGGCGGAGGAUAGUGGCCUGUACAGCUGUCAGCUGCUGCUGCACGGCAGAUCUGAGACCAGCUCCAGUCUGGGCAGACAAGUGUUCUUUGUGUCAGUGAAAGAUGAUACCUGCAGCUGCUCCACUUACUCCACCCUGCUUUACGCCCUCUCCUCAGCUACAGUGCUCCUCCUCCUCCUCCUCCUCUCCAUCGGGUCUGUGGUGAUUUGUAAGGGCAGAAAAGGCAUCCGCCAAGAAGUGAGGUCACUGUCCCCAGGCCCUAUUUACGAGGAGAUGGUCGCCAUGAAACCCCAGAGCCCAAAACCGGCCUUCAAACAACUGGAGGAAGCGGAAUCUUCUGAGUACAGGAACUGCUCUGUGAACAAAUCCUGCCCUCAGAACCAUUACGAAAUCCCGACCGGGGUCCGAGGACCCAGGAUGUAGACUCAGAAACAACUACGCAACUUCCCCUUAGAGUUUGGACCAUGACUGCACUCUUUCAGCAGACUUUUUUCAACCAUAUUCUAAGCAUUUUUUUAAGUCAGCUGAUAGCAGGCCCUGACGAUAACUUAGAAGUUGUCGUUGGGUCAACUUUUAUUUAUCUUAUUGUACAUUUUAAGCUAUUUUUUAUGCCCUAUUCCCACAUACUUAUUUUGGUAUUUUUUUAAAAAAUUGCUAGGUUGUGGUACAUUGAUUAUAUUUCCCUAUCUUUAGCUCUUUUUACUUUAGUUAAGUACAGUUAAGUUUUUUUUUUAAGUUCUUUCAAGGAAAAAGGAUCUCAAGCCUCUUGUUCAGUGUUGUAAACGAUUUCCCUCAAUUUCCUUUUGUUUAAAAGUUUAAAACUGGAUUACGAUUAAAGGUGCAUUUAUUUACAUGAAAAA